AUGGACAUAGCAAGGAUGACGAAACGACAUUGGCGAAUAGUGGAGGUAGCGCUUGGAAGAUACCUGGAUCUGGACGGCGAUGGAACAUGGCGUUCGGAAUAUUCUGGAAUCGGUCUGGCACUUGAAUACCAGCGAAAUGGAGAGAGUGUCUCUGUAUGUGUAUCGUUGAAGAUGGAGGUUGCAGAAGAGGCUGCACAUGGAGGAGGAUGCGUGUGA